AUGUAUUUGUUUGUGAUGAAGAAGCUCAAAGGAAUGUUCCAGACCAAAUGUCUCGACCGUCACUUCGGGCUUUCUGUCCGGUCCAGCUUCCUCGGCCCGAAGAGCGGUUUUCACUUUGAAGACCAGCAUGGAUUCCACUUCUUGUCCGAUCAGGAGGCCACACUCUGUGGUUACGCCGUCUCAAUGAACGAUGCGGGAGACCUGGUGUUUCGGGCCUCCUUCCUGGCCUGUCACGUCCACAGCAAGAGAGGCACGGACUAUCACCUGCGUCUGUGGUUCGUGAGCCUGCAGGCGGAUGGGAAGGUGGCGACGUUUCCCUUCCAGCUCCACUGCUCGCUCCGGGGCCGAUGGAGCGCCAGAGAGAUCGUCUGUGAGGAAAACUACAUGGAGGUGUCGAUUCAGCAGUCUAUCCUGCCCAUUACAUCCAAAAAUGAGAAGGGAGCUGACGUGGCUGUGAUGUUCCACGGAGAUGACCGGCCUCCAGAGAAAGCGGAGGUCUUGACCCUGAUGGAGGCUGCUACUCUGGGCUGCCCCGUCUCACUGCGUGGCUCUCGCCUCACCCUCCGCUGUCCCUACUCCUCCCCUCUCUCAUACUUUGUCAAGGAGAAGGGAGUGGAUUUAGAGAUCAUCAGAGCAACCAUCCUGUAUCGACUCCAGAGCAACUUCCUCGCUGUUGACGCCGCUAUUGCCUGUGCUCUGAACGAGGCUACAGCAGAUGGGUCCGACCUGCUGUGGACUGCCCCUUAUGUCCCGUCGGUGUUAGUCCACGGUCGGUUCAGGGACAGAGGCUUGAGCGUCGGAGUGAACGGCCAAACUCUGAGUGAGUCUGAAAAUGAAAAGAGCGGAUUCAACAUCAGCCUGCAGGAGGGGAGAGUGGAGGUCAGGAUUCCUGCAGGAGCCCAUGGAGGACACAUUAAGAGCGGUGUUGUGAGGGGACGGUAUGGCCAGUCCAUGUCAGCGGAUCUGUUCUUCAUGAGUCAGUGGGAGGACGAGCGCUGGCCUCUCACACAGCAUCGCUCCUUCAGGCACCUACAGACUCCUCUCAUCCCACAAAGCCCAGUCCUCACCAACAACACAGUGUCCUCUGAGGGAUUGUUCUCCGUCACUUUAGGCCUCUUUGCGCCUGAUGUUUCCCUCCAGAAGGUGACAGUAGAUGGUGCUGGUGACAUUUUAAUGUGGACCCACAGUGACACAGACGACCUCAGUGUGUCCAGGGUCUCCUACUUCAACGGGAGCCGCUCCUACCAGCUCAGUUUCCCGUUGUCGCACCCAAAACUAAUCCCAGCGUAUAUAGGUGGUGGCUAUGAGACGUACAGUCUGUCUUUUACCUUUAUUCUUACCAUCUUACCCAGUGGAGAGGUGUUUUACCAUCAAGCCACGAUAGAGCCGAGUGUUGAAUACACAGCUCCGGGUUCCCCCAAGCUGCAGGGGAAGUGCACCGAGAGCAGCCUGCUGGUGCUGCUGCACCACGGGGCCCAGAGUGAGCUGCAGUGGGAGCUCUUCCUCGGGGCUCGCAAACUGGACUGGGACCUGGUGGAGAUGGGCGGCUUCCUGGUGGAGGCGGCGAACGACUACCUGACCGUGGAGAUCCCCCUCUACAGCGCCGGGAUGAACUAUGGGGAUCUGACAUUGCGGGGUCUUGUCUCUGGAGUGGAAGUGUCUGUUGUGGACGCAGAGUCUCUGAAAGUGAUGGACACUCUAGUCCAUGAAUGCACCUUUCCUGUUAUAGACGUCCUAGUAUGUUUGCCAGAAGGGAGGAUGGUGGCAGUAGUGGACACCACCCACACCAUCCCGCCCACUAACCCCAACCGGACCACCCUAUUGGACCCCAGCUGUGUCCCCGUUGAGACGGACAGUGCCAGAGCCCUGUUCAGCUUCAGCCUGGACUCCUGUGGGACAACUGUAACUACUCAGGGAAAUGUCCUUGUUUAUGAAAACCAGAUCAGUUACCCUCAAGAUUUUCUUCCUUUGGAUGACCCUCUAAUACACAGAGAUUCUCCGUACAGGCUGACAAUUCAGUGUCGCUACCCAGCAAACCAUAGUAGUACUCUGGCUAUCCAGCACCCUUUGAACUCCUCUCUGGACCUUUCAUCCGUACCAGUCAAACGCACACGCAGGGAAGCUGCAAACACAGCCCAAAGAAGGUGGAGAGUGAAUUUGGAGGGACAGCAGAACCAAAAUCUAGGUAGUGAAACCAAUUCAAUCAUGAACACUGUGCUUAAUGUUCUACACAAAUCUACUUUGUAUUGA